AUGGCUAGAUGGAGAAGACGACAAUGUAUAAUGAACACAAUAACUGAUCUACAAGCCCACUUCCUACGCGCUUACGGUGCAUUGGAAGACGAGGAGGUCGAGCGCAGCAAACCUCAAACAAAAAAUAAUAUGCUUGUAACGGCUGUUUCAUCGAACCCCCGCUCCUUACAAUGCCGAUGGGGCUUCGACAACUCUAGGGCUUGUGACUCUUUUCACCUCGGUGAAAUGAUUCGGUUUUUCUCCAUGCGGUCCAAGACUAUAUUUCUAGGAUCUACGUUGAUCGAUUCUGGUUACGAUAACGCCUUCGAUGAAGAAGAACAAGAAGACGAAGAACAAGGAGGAUGGGAUGAUCAAAAAGGAUACAAAGAUGGAAGAAAUGUAUCCUACAAUGAAGGAAAUCGUGCUGCGAAUAUAGCUUCUUCUGAUAUAUUGUCCAUCACUGCGUCCCUGCGUCAAGUACCCGACUAUCAACUUGAUCCUAACCAUACCGGAUGCGGAAUCCGUCGGCGUCUGCUUCCAUUGUUAGAUUGCAUUGACGGCUUUAUCGGACAUCGACGAGCUGUUAUUGGAGUAACAGACGUCAUGGUGUGGAAAUGGAGUACUGCGCACGCUAGUCAGCGAAAGCGUAAUACAGACUCUUGGAAGUCACCUAGUCGAUCAAGCGCAGAAGUUGAUAUACGCGGAGCGAAGCUUGUGGGGAUUCGGAAGAUUACACCAAGGCCUUCUGCCAUUGACAUCAUGAACCACUCCGUCUCUAUAGUUGAAAAGGCCGGUAAAGUGGUGGCACCGAGCACGUCAUCACCAUCAACUUUGCCAUUGAACGUUUUACAGCAGUCGCAAGAAGAGGCAAGAUUGUUUUUUACAGCAUUGAAAAGAAAUUGGGAAAGCUGA